AUGGUUACACCCACCGCCGAUGCUGCGUCCAGGCGAAAGAUCUAUGGAGUAACAUCUAUAGAUAAGUAUGAGUAUCUUCCCAUUGUCGUCCAAACCGCCAAUUCACUAAUAUUCCACGAACAGCUCCUUCAAUCUACGUCGUCCUCAUCUUCGAAGCCUGAAGCCACCAUGACGGAGAGCAAGCAGCGGCCUGAGGCUGUCACUAAUGGCCACAAGACUGCCAACAGGAUUCUUGCUCCUUCUACAACAGAUGGACCCAAUGCAUGGUCCACUCCCGGAUCAGCAGCCUUCGACUUCCGCAGUACGUCUUCGUCCCAACCCAUCCCCUCUUCUCACACCCUCCUACCCCAAGCUCCCAAUCCAACAAAGCUGACGACCUUGCCAGGUGAUACCGUCACAUCUCCCACCGCCUCCAUGCUCCUCGCCACUCAAAAAUGCACCCUACAAGACGAUGUCUUCCAAGAAGACCCGACGACCAAUUCUUUAGAAGCCUAUGUAGCAGACAUGACAGGCAAAGAGGCAGGCCUAUUCGUCAUAAGUGGCACUAUGGGGAACCAAUUGAGUGUAAGAACGGCGUUGGGAGGGCCGCCACAUAGUGUGCUAGCGGAUGCGAGGAGUCAUGUCUAUGGAUGGGAGGCGGGAGGCAUAGCAUCGUUAUCCGGUGCUCUUGCCAUGCCGAUCACGCCCGUGAAUGAGCAUCACCUGACCCUAUCCGAUAUAAAGAAACACGCCGUUACGUCAACCGACACCCAUUUCUGCCCCACGCGCCUCAUCUCCCUCGAAAAUACCCUCGCUGGCACCAUCCUCCCCCUCAAAGACUGCCAAGAAAUAUCCCAAUGGGCGCACGCGCAAAACCCGCCUAUACACAUGCAUCUAGAUGGGGCCAGAUUAUGGGAAGCUGUAGCAGCCGGAGCGGGUGGGUUAGAGGAGUAUUGUGCGUGCUUUGACAGCGUGACGAUGUGCUUUAGCAAAGGCUUGGGCGCCCCGAUUGGGUCAAUAAUCAUCGCCAGCAGGCCAUUUGUGGAAAGGGCAAGGCAUAUCCGCAAGGGUCUAGGAGGCGGACUGAGGCAAGCCGGCGUCGUAACAGCCUCUGCGCGCAUCGGCGUCGACGACACUUUCCUCGGCAACAAAUUGACCGCUACGCAUCGACGCGCGCGGGAAAUCGCCGAUGUGUGGCAGAAGAAAGGCGGGAAGCUGACGCAAGCGACGGAAACGAACAUGGUCUGGCUGGAUCUCGACGCUGCGGGUGUGAGUAGGGAGGGGUUUGUCGAGGCGGGGGUCAAGGAGGGCGUGAGGUUUUUGGGCGGCAGGGUCGUGGUGCACUAUCAGGUGAGCGAGGAAGCGGUGGGGCGGUUGGGGAGGGUGAUGGAUGCCGUGCUCUCUGCGCCUGCUCAGGAGCCCGAGACCAAAAACGGCGUCAGGGAGGAAGCGAGAGGGGUGAUGGCGCCGGAGAUGGAGUAA